AUGUCGGUGGCGGGGCUGAAGAAGCAGUUCUACAAGGCGAGCCAGGUGAGGCACCGGCAGCACCCCCCGCACCACCCCCGCGUCCGGGACCCGCCGCCCGGGGAUCUCGGAUUCCCCCCCCCCCGUCACCCCCUCCCGGUGUCCCGGUCCUGUUUCCCUGUUUUCCCUGUCUCCCUGUUUUCCCGGGAAGGCGACGCUCUGCUGGACGCGGGUGAGUCCAUGAAGCGCCUGGCUGAGGUGAAGGAUUCCCUGGACAUCGAAGUCAAACAGAACUUUAUUGAUCCCCUGCAGAACCUCUGUGACAAAGACCUGAAGGAGAUCCAGCACCACCUGAAGAAGCUGGAAGGGCGGCGCCUGGACUUCGACUACAAGAAGAAGCGCCAGGGGAAGAUCCCGGACGAGGAGCUCCGACAGGCCAUGGAGAAGUUCGAGGAGUCCAAGGAGGUGGCAGAGACCAGCAUGCACAACCUGCUGGAGACAGAUAUCGAGCAGGUGAGCCAGCUCUCGGCGCUGGUGGACGCCCAGCUGGACUAUCACCGCCAGGCCGUGCAGAUCCUGGACGAGCUGGCCGAGAAACUCAAGCGCAGGAUGAGGGAGGCCUCCUCCCGCCCCAAGCGGGAAUACAAGCCCAAGCCCAGGGAGAGCUACGACUUCGGAGAGAGCGACCAGUCCAACGGGGGCUUCUCCUGCAACCCCACCCCCAAAGUCUCAGCUUCCUCCUCUUUCCGGUCGGACAAACCUUCCCGGGCCUCCGUCAGGAGUAUCCCCCCCCUGGACCAGCCCUGCUGCAAAGCCCUGUACGACUUCGAGCCGGAGAACGACGGCGAGCUGGGCUUCAAGGAGGGCGACAUCAUCACCCUGACGAACCAGAUCGACGAGAACUGGUACGAGGGGAUGAUCCACGGCCACUCCGGCUUCUUCCCGCUCAACUACGUGGAAGUGCUGGUGCCGCUACCUCAGUGAGCCCCCUCCCGCCAUUCCCGCCAUUCCCGCCAUUCCCGCCAUUCCAGGGAACAACCAGAAGGGUCCCCGCGGCCCCUUCCCUUCCCCCCUCGGGAAUUUGGGGUUGGUUUUUUUUGUUUCCUGUGUUUUUCGGGGUUUUUUGGGGUUGUUUUUUUUUUUUUUGGUCCUUCUGGUGCUUGAACUUCGGUACUUUGCUCCUCCUUCCCCUCACACACACACACCCCCCCCGGCACGGGCCUCUCUCCCUUCUCCAGGUUUUUUUUUGUUUCCUCCUCUUUCCUUCGGGUCCAGCGCCUGGAUGAGCCAGGUGGGAGAGCAGGGAGGUGUCCUGGGAAUGCAGGGAUGUGUCCCGGGAAUGCACAGCCCAGUGGGAGAGCAGGGAAGCGUCCUGGGAAUGGAAGGAUGUGUCCUGGGAAUGGAAGGAUGUGUCCUGGGGAUGCAGGGAUGUGUCCUGGAAAUGCAGGGAUGUGUCCUGGGAAUGCACAACCCAGUGGGAGAGCAGGGAUGUAUCCUGGGAAUGCAGGGAUGUGUCCUGGGAGAGCAGGGAUAUGUCCUGGGAAUGCACAGCCCAGUGGGAGAGCAGGGAAGUGUCCUGGGAUGCAGGGAUGUGUCCUGGGAAUGCAGGGAUGUGUCCUGGGAAUGCACAGCCCAGUGGGAGAGCAGGGAAGUGUCCUGGGAUGCAGGGAUGUGUCCUGGGAAUGCAGGGAUGUGUUCUGGGAAUGCACAUCCCAG